AAUGACCUUGGGUGCAUCACCAUGGUAACUCUCAGUCGAAAUAAAAAAAAAUCAUGGACACAUCUUCAAGUGUAGCUAUGGAGAAUGAGGCGCCUCCCGAGCCCAGUACAAGCUCUGAUGUGAAGGAGGAGCGAAUACUAGCACGUAGGAAGCGAAUCCAAGCCAAAAUAGAGGCUGAUCGGAGAGCUGCACUGGGAGAAGAGCCUCAAAAAGAGGUGGAGGAUGUGGUGGAUCCUGAGAGGGAGAGGGUCAGCUCUAAGCAAACACUCAUGAGCAAUGUACGACUGGAGAAGCUCUCUACUGAUGGCACUCAACUGGUGACUAACAUCACAGUGGCCGGGGACUCAAAGGAAGUUAGCCGGAGGAUGGAGGAAGAUGAAGCUCGGAGGGCUAGGUAUGACACGCUGGAAGCAGAGGUGACUGCUGGGGCCGAACGAUUCGAAGAGAUCUCCAAGAAGUGGCUCAAAACGAAAAACAUGAAGAUACCUCAAGACCUUCAGAGUUUGCUCCAAGCUCAGAAAGCAACUUGCUCUGCCAUGAUUGACGAAAAAGAUAAACUGAUCCAAGAACUGCAACAAGAACUCAAAUCAAAGGAUGACCAAUACGUUAAGCACCUCAAGAAACAAGCUGAAGAUGUUGACCUCAUUAUAGAGAGGAUGGAAGAUCAGGCCAAAACAUUGUCAAAGGCUUAUCGUAAAGAACUGAAUGCCAUCGAGGUCUCCUUUGCAACUGAGCGGCAAAACUUGCUAGACACACACCAAGCCGAGUGGGAGAAAGCAGUCAGUGAGCGUAGUGGCAAGGAAAAAGAUUUUCUGGAGGCACGAGAGAAACGAAUUGAAGAAAAUGAGCGGCAGAUCCAACACUUGAGAGUACGAAAUGCAGAGGAAUUUAAUCGUGUCAAGAUCAAGCUUGAAACUGAUAUUCAAAUCUUACAGCAACAGAUCCAGCAAAUGAAAGCAACCUUUCAACUAAACUCUGAGAAACUUGAAUACAACUUCCAAGUAUUGAAAAAGAGAGAUGAGGAAAACUCUAUCACUAUCAGUCAACAGAAGAGGCGGAUCACACGCCUGCAAGACACACUCAACAACUUGCGAGGGAAACUAAGCAAACAGGAAAAAUCGUGCAAAGUUGAGCUUCAAGCGCUAAUGGAGGAGUACCGUAAGAACACUGAGCAAUAUCGAGAACUGCAAAAGAAGGUGAAGCAUUUCCAGGUGACUGAUCGCCGCCAGUUUCGCGAUAUCUGGCUCAUGAACGAAUACAAAGUACAAGGUCUAGCAAAGGAGGUUGAGAAUGCAGACAAAAUCAUCCACGAGCAACAGUUGGGUUUAGACUGGGAGCCACAGCCGCCAGUCGAGAGCCCCAUUCACACACACAGUGUCAAAGCUGACGUACAAAUCAGUGGAGCCACUCUCUAUGCAUCACAGAUACUCUCAGACACUGAAUCAUCGGACAUUGUGUUACCACCGACUUCUGCUGGGCCGGGAAUUGUUUGCCACUCCCCACGAGUUAUUAAACUAGUGCUAGAGCUACUCUGUGCAGAGUCUGGCUUCCUCAUUGAGUCAAAACUUACUCGAUUGCUAGCCCCACUGGAAAAAGAAGAGCAAAUGUUGAUGAAACUUGAUUCGAUUUUUGAUGCUAUCGGUAUUGACACAGAAAAAGACAUUCAUCAUCUGGCCAGCUAUUUCAUUCAAGAGACGGAUAAUGCAAACCAAGAGGGAGCCCCUUUGUUAAUCCAUCCUAACGAGGUUCCUACUGCCAUUCGGACAUAUGUUGAGCAAAGACAAGGUGCUGACAAAGGGUCCUCUAUGCUGAGGUCCAAGGCCUUGAUGCUGGGGCAGACACAGGACCACAGUGAGCUGCUAAAUGGAGGGUUCUGGGAGAAGAUGACUCAAGUGCUCCCUGAGAGUCAUGAGAGGGUCUGGACUGCACUACUGGAGGGCCUGGACCGCUACCACAGUGUUCUCCAGGCACGCUCCAGUCUCAUAGGAGAGACUGACACUCUGAGACUACAGAAUGGAGAGCUGAGGAUGCUACUCCAUCAGUACAUGAGUGCUCGCAUCAACCAAGAGCUGGAAAUACCUCCCACACUAACUAUGCCCAUGUAGUUCGUAGUACGUAAUACUCAGUUUUUGUUUAUUGUAUAUUUCAUAUUUGAAUUGUUCUAAGUGUGUUAUUGACUCCAUAUAAUUAUAUCCAAGCUUAUGUUUGCUA